CGCUGCUUUUCAGAUUCCGGCAGCUUUCUUUCAGUAGUACUUCGGAACUGUUCUUUGACAAUGCUGAUGUUGCUGAUAGGAAAAUUCUAAUGGUAGUACAUCUGACGCCGUUAUGCUUCAGGAUGGAAGCCUAGUGAGGGAAAAAUACAUCAAAGGGAACUAAACCCUUCGCAGUUAACUGGUUUCUGAGUAACGACAGAGCAGAUUCAGUUGUCAAUUUAUUAAUGGUGUUUAGGUGACUAUCGUCAGCACAGUAUGGCGGAAAGCAUUAUUAUUCGUGUGCAGUCACCAGAUGGAGUAAAACGGAUUGCAGUAACUAAACGUGAAUCUGUUUCAGCAUUUUUGAAGAAGGUUGCAAAAGAGUUUGGCUUCGGAAGCAAUGGUUUUUCUUUGUAUCUGAACAGAAAUAAAACAGGAGAGAUACCAUCAUCACAUAAGCAGCUUAGUGGACUAAAAAUCAAACAUGGUGAUAUGCUGUUCUUGUAUCCCUCCACCUAUGCUGGGCCUUCUUCAGAGAUCAUGGACACCUCAACACCAGUGGGUCGAUCCCAGAGUGUUACUGCCGUACCAGAAGAUGAUAUUGAUGAAUGUCUUUUCAAACAGGAUGGCAAGAUUUAUAGAAACCGGGACCCACAAUUGUGUCGUCAUGGUCUACUGGGUAAAUGUGUGCACUGUGUACCAUUAGAGCCUUUUGAUGAAGAUUACCUGAAUCACCUGGAUCCUCCUGUGAAGCACAUGUCCUUCCAUGCAUACAUCAGAAAGCUGACUGGCGGUGCUGACAAGGGGAAGUUUGCUCUGAUGGAGAACAUUACAUGCAAAAUCAAGUCUGGGUGUGAAGGUCAUCCACCAUGGCCUGAAGGCAUCUGUACUAAAUGUCAGCCAAGUGCUAUCACAUUGAACAGACAGAAAUACAGACAUGUUGAUAAUAUCAUGUUUGAAAACCACAACAUAGCAGACCGUUUCCUUGAUUUCUGGCGGAAGACUGGAAACCAGCGGAUUGGUUUCCUAUAUGGACGAUAUACAGAACAUAAAGAUAUUCCACUGGGCCUGAGGGCUGAAGUUGCUGCUAUCUAUGAGCCUCCACAGGUAGCAACGCCAAACAGCCUUGAACUUCUAGAUGACCCAAAAGCACACAUCGUUGAUGAAAUUUCUGCAAAACUUGGACUGAGAAAGGUUGGCUGGAUAUUUACAGAUCUUGCUUCAGAAGAUACCAGAAAAGGCACUGUCAAAUACAGCAGAAAUAAGGAUACUUACUUUCUUAGUGCAGAAGAAUGCAUUACAGCUGGCUACUUUCAGAAUCUUCAUCCGAAUGCUUGCCGGCUUUCCCCAGAUGGCUAUUUUGGCUCCAAGUUCGUCACCGUUGUUGCCACAGGGGGUCCAGAUAAUCAGGUUCAUUUUGAAGGUUACCAAGUAUCUAAUCAAUGCAUGGCAUUGGUCCGUGAUGACUGUCUUUUGCCCUGUCGUGAUGUGCCUGAGCUGGGAUAUGUAAAGGAGUCCAGCAGUGAGCAGUAUGUCCCUGAUGUAUUCUACAAAGACAUAGACAAAUUUGGCAAUGAGAUCACCCAAUUAGCACGUCCUUUGCCUGUAGAGUAUCUCAUCAUAGAUAUAACAACAACUUUCCCAAAGGAUCCAGUUUAUUCCUUUUCUGUGUCUCCAAAUGCAUUCCCUAUAGAAAAUCGUGAAGUCUUAGGAGAAACACAGGACUUCCACAGUUUAGCAACCUACUUGUCUCAGAAUAAAUCAUCUGUUUUUCUGGAUGUUAUCUCAGAUUUUCAUCUACUUAUCUACCUUGUGACUAAUGAAGUCAUGCCUCUUGGGGAAAGCAUCAGUUUGCUACUGGACGCAGUGAAAGCUAGAAAAGAGGAGAUUGCACAAAUGUGGAAGAACUCCGAACAGUGGGCUACAAUUGAACAGCUUUGCAGUACGGAUAGUAGCCACCCUGCAAGUAUGCAGGAAUAUGGCCAUGUGCGUGGCCCUACACAUCCAACUGCUUCUGCUACAUGGUCCUGUCAACACUGCACCUUCAUGAAUCCUUCCAAUAAUGACCACUGCGAGAUGUGCAGUCUGCCCAGAACUUAGAAGUUUAUUCACAACAUUCACAUUGGACAAACCAGUUCAAAUAAAAUGAAUGGAAUGUGUGCUGUUAUCCAUACUUGAAAUGUGAUGUAGGAUAGGAGAGGGAGCAGCUUCAUUGUGCUGUAAGCUGUUAUCGUGAUUGCCUGAUACAAGAGCUUGGCCAUUGCUAACCGGAAAUAAGCAAAACCUUCACUGUGUAUGUAAUUUGCAAGAGGUUAUUGAUUGCCUUUCAUGAUAGUAGCUAUAAUUAAUUCUAACCUGUGUAAGUCUUUUAAAAUUGCCUGCCUGCUUAUUUCCCAUAGCCCAUCCAAAAGCUAUGGGCAUUACUUGGCAUUCUGAAAACUUGUGCUUCUCUUGAAUCAGUUACAUUUGCCAUCAUUUCUUGGGAGAAGUGUAAAGGUGCUUUUACCUCAGUAUUUUGUACCUAAACCACAGUGCCAUACUGCUUUCAAGAUAGUGAAUUUUGGGACUGUUGUAAAUGUACUUUACAUCUGUCAAGGUGACGUCGGCAUACAGGUAAUAGCCAGUAAUCUCCUGGGGCCUUAUUAAGCCUGUAGGUACAAGUAGUGAUGGGAAGACCUUAAUGUGUACAUGUAAUGUUCUGACUUAAAAUUUUGACACAAUUCAAAAGCCCUGCAAUGUUCCAGGUGUAUUUACUUAAGUCAGAAUAAUUCUAGGAGUGAACAUGAUUUAAAAAAAUGUUUAUUUUAACUUUGAAGUGUUACCUGCCGCUUUAUGACUUAAAAAUUAGUUUAUCAUCUGAGCUUUGCAGCACUUUUUGCAGCAUUCAGAAAUUAGCCUCCAGAUAUGAGAUAGUUUGUAUUUCCUGCUGUGGCAAAGAUAUUUUGCAGAAACCUUCUGUGUUAAUGUGCUAGAUAAAUACCAGUAUAUCAUGGGCUUGCACAGUGAGUCACAGCUUGAAUGCUAGAUACUGGUUCUUGAAUCCUGUAAUCUAGAGGCUUAUUCAUAAUGAAUUAUAAAUCUUUAAAUAUAUUGCAAGCAAAUGGCAUACCUGACGAGAUAUUUUUUUUUACUUAAUUACUAUCUUAAUCUGUUUGAAAACAGGUGAAGUCAUACGCUUAAUCUUUUACGUGUAAAAUGGGAUUUUGGAUUCCAACCUCUUAUUUUUAGUUAGAGGGAGAAGCACAUCACAAAUUGUGACACCAUAAUUCAGCAAAAUACAUUGUCAUGCAAACCAUUUAUUUGUGAUGUCAGAAUAUUGACAACUCUGUGUGAAUGAUCCUUUUAAUGGAGUAAUCAAAAUACUAAGGCACAACAAAGGAACAUGGGUGGUGCAGUACAGUAGUGGCUUUUACACCCAUUGACUUGUCAGUAUCACUGCCCUGAUGAAAGCGCCAUUUCCUCUGUGUGUAUUUUUUUUUAACCAUCAGCUACUUUUAUCACUUAGUCUUUGUAGAAGCUCCUUCACACUUUUGUGCUUUCAGCUUCUUAGUGUUUAUAUUUGUGUUCUGUUAUUGUAAUAACACUGCGGUCAAACUGAUAACAUCCACUGGAAAUAGUGAUCACCUAGGUUAUCCGUGGGUUAUUUGUAACAUCUGACUUCCUUAUAAAAAUUAGCUUAGAAGAAAUAACUUCAUGAAACCGCCAGUAGAGGUUUUCCUCAGUUCUUUUCAGCAGCUCCCAUUCAGUGGUGUUGAUAGGACUUUGAAGGAAUCUUGCAGACCAGUUCUACAGUAGGGACAAGGAAGAAGAUAAUUUUGCCAGACAUCAGCCUUUACCCCCCCCCCCCCCAAGUACACCUAUCCUUGAAGUGAAGUAUCCCAUAUUGUUCUGUUAAUAGUUAUGUCUAGGUUUGUAUGUUCCAGCUGGACCUUUGUUUGGCAGGACUGCUGUUUCUCUUUAAUGAAAGAAAUUGGCCAAUUCAGUUUAGCCUCAAGUCUCAAUUCACUGCCUCGAGUAGACCACAAUUGGCGUUAGUGCAGUUCAUGUCACCUCUGCUUUGACACCUUGUUGGACAUUUUUCAGAAAGCAUUUCUUUUAAAGACCUUAGCUAAGGACUGGAAGUUCUUAGUGCAGUGCAAGUUAUGGCCAGUCUUUGAAUCUUGUGUUCAAACUCUUUCAGUCUCACUACUAAAAGCUGUGGUCAGAGAAACUUCAGCCCAUCUGCACACCAUGUCACUUGCCAGUACACCAUCUUCUGCUGUUGUAGGAGUGGAAUGGCCAGUACCUGCACAAGUUCAUCUUCCCAGAUAUUGUAUGUGAGGAGUGGCUUAGUGGUUUUUUUUUUUGUUUUUUUUUUUAACCAUGACAUUGUUUUCAAUAUUUUUUCGUCAUGAACCUGCAGUUGUGUGUGCUUUAUAGCAUGUCACUAACAGGCCUGUGCAGUGCUGCAUUACAGCAGACCUCAGCCUAUUCCCUACUGUUGAUUGUGAACUGGUAGUCUUUAAUAGUCCAGUAUGCCUUUAACUUUUAAUCUUGCAUAUCUAGGCUCUUAGGCUACCUUUCUAGCCCCAGUUAUGUCUUGGUCAUUAUUGUAACUAAGCCAGUGUCAGAUGUUUUGAUCCUUGUUUUACCUGGGAAAGAAGGGGUGAACAGUAAAGAAUCCUGUGUUUGUUUUUGCACCACUCACAUGACUUUUGUUUCAGUUCCCGUGCAGGCACUGUAAUCAUGUAUUGGAGCUGCAGGUAAAGUAAGUAUUUGUCUUCCCUAGGAGUAUUUUUGUCAUUCCUCGCCCCAUGGGUUCUUCAUAAUGUCAAUGUGAUGAUUUAAAUGCAUUUGUCUGAGACAUUUUUCUCCAGUUGUAUGUUACUAUUUUGGUGAAAAAUGUACUAUUGCUUUUCUGCCAGGGUGCAUUCUGGACCUUUCCAUCUGUUUGAUCAUUUGCUACUGACAGAGGAAAAGCUUUUUACGAUUUUUAUUUUUUACUGAGUAUCAUAACAUUCUUGUCCAUGUAGGCCAUCAGUAGUUCUUUCUUUGCAGAAUAUACUUCUUCCACCUUGUGAAAGAUGACAUCUGUGCUGCAUUCGAUACUUUGAGCGCCUUUAAUGGAUGUCACAGUUAAUGAAACUGUAGGGCAGUGUAAGUUUCUUGGUUCGAUGCCUCCACACAAAUGGUAUUGUUUGUGGUAUUAGUAGUGUGGUGUUUUUGCCCUGUAAAGUUUAGGUCUGACUUUCCACCCUAUGUUUUCACACUCAGUUUGUGCCUGUUGGAGCAUGGUUAUUCUGUCAUCUGAAAUCCUGCAAACACGGAUUCCAUCAGACGUGAUAGUUUUGAAGUUGGAUUGAACUUGUUUGUGAAACUGAUGAUUGUCCAGUCAUUCAAACCACUUCUUCCCACUACUACUUCAAUGUGCGCGUUUCAUUCCUGAUGUCAUUACAGGACUUUGUUUCUUCCAGCCAAAGAGAUUAUAUUUUUUACUGUGUUAAUACUUUGUGUUAUUGAACUGUCAUGAUUUAUUCCUUAGGGGAAGUUAAUUGGCUCUGUUUUGUAGUUGUAAGGUUAUCUUUAAUACCAUAAGUUUUUCCCAUCCUCUUCAUGGCAGCUAAUACAACUGUCAGACUGUGUCCCUCUUUUGUUAUAGGAUGUAUUUGAUAGACACCUAUGACUAUAUGCUUUAUCUUACAUAAUUGGAGAGCCACUUUGUGAUGUACUAGAAACUAAUUCUGAUACGGUUAGACAGACAUAACCUCAACACUUUUCACUUGCAAUCCAGUAGUGUUUUCAUUUAGAUGAUCUUGAUACACUGCAGCAUGCUUUGCUUUUCUUAAUUGCAUCUCGACUAUUUCAGCCUGCUGUGAGCUAAACGUGUAUUAUUUAUUUGACCAUAUGAUGGGCCAUCUCUUUCCUGUGGGCAGUAUAAAUUUGACACUUGCAGUGUAGAACUGCUUUUUUUUCCUGAAACAAGCUGUCUGCAGUGGCAUCAGUUGCAGAAGUGGAAAGUAUUGCUGACUAAAUUUUACUUUUCCAUCUGAGAUUUCUGAGCUUCUGACAUUCUAGUGUUUUGUGACCUGUUACUUGUUUGUUUUCCAAAAAUAGUGUGCUUUUGCAUGUUAUAUGCAUAUGAUUCUCCUUGACCCGAGACCCAGUUUACUUUAAAUCUUUCUCUUUUUUCUUGUUUAUUUUGAACAUACAAGAAAACACUAUUUGGUACAUAGUACCCUGUGUGUUUUUUUUUUUUUCCAAAUUGCUGUACAUUUCAAAAAGUGAUUUAGUGCUUUGGCCACUGUUUUGUGCUGUUUUUUUAACAAAUGUAGGCAGUUGCCAAACCAAUAUAAUUAUACUUCCCAAGACAUGUAUGUCUGUCUCACUGAAUUGCUUUCAGACUGAAACUGCAAAUAUCUGCAGCACAACUCUGGAUUUCUAUCCAUACUUCUAUAAAAGUUGUGGUCGGAGUCCAAAAUAUGCUCAAGUCUUGUGCUGUGAUUGUGAAUGCAUGCCAAAACUUCUGUUUAAAUAAUUUACUGACUUGGAGUACAUUGCUACUGUUUGGAACUUGAUCCUGUAUUGCAACCUGAUGACCAAGGUAUCUGAAAUUAAGGUAAACUGUUUAGACAAGAAAUUUGCUGAUAAAGCUUAUGUAUUACCAUAUGAGAGUCAACUUUCUUUCCUUUCCCACAGUCUGUAGCUGGGAUAUAUGAUGCCUUUGCCAUUUCUUGCUGCAUGGAGCUCUCAAUGGAUAUUUUCCUCCUGAAGUAUCUGUGAGGUAUUAUUCAAGAUGAUAAAUUUGCCCACCCUUUUCUGCCCCAAGUGUCAUCAAUGAGUAGGUUGACAUAAACAGUCCUUGGGUAUGUCCUGUUCAGUCAUCAUCCUAUGAGAUGCUGGCUGCAAAUUAAAGUCCCAGGAAUGUAGACUGAUGACUGAAUUCCCUUCGUAAGUAGAGCAUUUUAGUGGUCUGCUGAAACCUUUUUUGAUAACUGUUUUACGUUAUUACAUGCUGCAGUGUGCAAGCAUACAGUCAUCCACAUUCUCCACAUCACACCUGAAAAGAUAGAUGCUAAAAGCGCUAAAGUUGCUAGAUGAUUUUAUGUUGUCAUUUCUUAUAUUGCACCUGAGAGUGAAGUGCUUUUUGGCUCGUGUGGCUGCAUGACCAGCAUCAGUUGAGUACCAUAUUUUGUCACAGCCUGUAGCCAAAACUAUAACUUCGUAUAUAGAAAAAUUGUCCAUCAGGACUCUACACUCUUCUUCCUCCCUAUUCCCAGUACUUGUAGAACAGAGAGUACAGAUUUCUGGCUCAUCUUAUUUAAAGAUCCACGGGUGGAAAAAGGUAAAUAUAGGCUCUAUGAGAAAUACAGUAACUAUUAGUCUGUAAUAUUCAUGUUUACACCCCAAAGAUCUUUAAUAAUAAGGUUAGGACUGUUUAAAGUAAACUGAUGUCUCUUGGCAUCUUGUUUUUCUCUCUUUUUUCAUUUUUAGUAAUAAAUUAGGCAGAUUCCAAAUAACUCACCAGAAUAUCAGUAGGUCUUUUUCAUGGCAGACACAACUUAAAUAGAAUUUUACUGAUAGUAAUCCCCUAUGAUGGAGGGUCUCCUUCCAGUUUAUAUGUUUGACACUGAUGGGGAAAAUUAAUUACUAAAAAUAUCAUCUCUAAUAAGUAAAAGAUGGUGACAUAACUUACAUAUUGAGGCCAUAAAACCUUUAUCAUUUAUAGGUUCAUAGGUAGGUACUAGACUAUUGGCCCUGGGACCUAUACAAGCACAGCCAAAAAGGUACCCUGGCUUUUGCCACCCAAGAAAAUUAUUUUCCUGUGCCACUGUCGAGCAG